AUGCCGAAACAGAGGCUUGUCGUUGCCGUCGACUUUGGCAUGACCUUUACAGGAGUAGCGUGGUCAUGCGAAGAAGAUCAGCCGCCCCAGCCAUUGUAUCAAGACUGGCCGGGAUCAGCCCCGUCGGAGGUGCAUCAAAAGGUGCCCACCCUUCUCGUAUACGAAUCAAGCAAGCAAGGUCGAGGGCGGCCUGGGUCAUCCAGAGGUCAGAAACUCUCGUCCUGGGGCUUACUCGCCCUGGACGACGAGGAACGCUACGCUCCCGACAAGUCCAUCCGAGAGUUCUUCAAGCUUUUUCUGGACGAAAAAGUUCUCCGAGCCCAGUCUCCUGAAUAUGUCAGCGACACGAGUCACAAAGAUGUCCAGCACUGGUUCCAGGACUACCUGAGCAAGAUAUACGAACACAUCAAGUCGAGGUUCACAGAUACGAGACCCGAGCUAUGGCAGGGCCCCGUCCGGUUCGUGUUCAGCGUGCCCACGACUUGGAGCCCUGAGGUGGUGGAAUGCUUCAAGAGGAUCAUCAAGAAGGCCGGCUUUGCCGAUGGCAGCAUGCGCGGUCAUAGUGCCGAGGUGACCUUGACGGAGGCCCAGGCAGCAGCAGUCGGGACGGCACACGAAAGAAAAUCGACUCUCAAGAAAGGCCAGAUCAUCCUCGUUGUCGACGCUGGCGGCGGCACCACAGACAUCGCGCUGCUGGAAGUCGCGUCCGAUGAAAACGAACCCCUGCGGCUUGAGCAGCUGGACCGCGUGGACGGGGUGGCGGCCGGGUCGACGCUGAUCGACCAGGACUUUGAGGACUACGCGGUGCAGAAACUCGAAAUCAUAAACAGAGACCACCCGGGAAAGAUCCCCGACGUCCGAACAGCCGCGAAGAGGAUGGCAGCCAGUCGCAAGUUUCAGACGAACAAAUGCAGCCUCUCUACGAGCAGCAAGAGGCUGAACGUCCCAUUCAAAAUCCCCGUCGAUGACCUGGCACGCAACUUCUCGCACGGGCCCGCCGACGUGGAGAGACAAGGCCUCAAAUACGACCCCGUAAGCAUGGCCGCCCUGUUUGACGCUCGCCUCGACAAGAUCUAUCAGACUCUGGACCGGCAAUUCCGGAGCAUGGAACAACUCCAGCGCACCAAGGGCCGGUCAGUGAAACACAUCGUCCUCUCGGGCGGGCUGGGCAGCUCGUCGUACGUCAAGGAGAAGCUCGAGGAGCGGUAUUGCAACAAGUCGCGUCCGUGCCUGCGAGGCAUGACCAUUCUCAAAGCCACCGACCCGCAACAGGUGGUGGCUCGCGGGCUCGUGGCCAACGAGAUGCCCUGCACCGUGUCCAAGAAUGAACCCCCGUCGUCGUCGUUGACGACGAAAGUGCUCCAGAACUGGAUCAGCCGCCGCAGCUACGGCAUCGUGGGCAUGAAGGUCUUCGACCCCAACGAGCACCUCCUCCAAGACAAGGUGGGCCAGAAGGACGAGAUCAGCCAACUGACGGGCAAGACGUGGGCGCGCAACCAGAUCACCUGGGUGAUCAAGAGCGGCCAGAAACUGACGACGACCGACUGCAUCAAGAUCCCCGGCGUGCAUUUCAUCGACCCGGACACGACGCCGGACGAGGAGGAACAGUGGCUCUCCCGCAUGGUCGCCUCGGACCUGGACCCGGCCAAGCUGCCGCACAGCACGUCGCAGCCGGGAUGCGAGCCCUUCUGCGUCAUCGAGUCCGACAUGCGCCGGUACGUCGACCAGUUCGACAGGAAGAAGAAGGGCUGGUUCGAGAAAGGGAAGACCCAUCUCGUGGCCAAGUACGAGAUCCGCGUCAAGAUCGACCCUGCCGACGUCAAGUUCGAGUUGUGGUACAAGGACCAGAAACUGUCGGAACAGAGAGACCUUCGAGUCGCUUGGGGGGAUGGUAGUUCCUUGGACGUAUUCCACUGA